UUAUCGUAAUCCACAAACACCAUAAAAAGUUGAUAACCCCACCCAUUUAUAUCCACUUUAUCUCAUCGGAAAAGUUCCAAUCACUACCGUUGGAUUAUAAAACGAUGACGUCAUCACUCUCCGUUUGUUUCAUCGAACGAAUAUUAUCAGACGAUGCAUAAGAUCUCCCGUGCGCCUUAUCACAUACGAAUAAACCAUGAAACCACAAAGACAAAUGCAAAAGAACUAAAAGAGUCUGGUUUCUGUUCUGUCCUAAUUUCUCUCUGGCGAAAGCUAAGAGGUUUCGGUUACGGUCUUGGUCUCCGAUCAAAUCACGAACUUUCUGUCCAAAAUUCUCAGUGAUAUAUACCGUCAGAGAUUUUCUUUACGAAACUUGUCGCCGGAAAACUAAAAGCAGACAUAUCGGAAAUUAGUAAGAUUUCGAUUUUAGAAUUGGAAAAUUUUCAAUUAUGGGUUCUGAGCAAAACGACGGCACAAGCUUCUCUCCAUCAGAGCCAAAGCUCUGCGUCAAAGGAUGUGGCUUCUUCGGAUCACCAUCGAACAUGAACCUCUGCUCCAAAUGCUACCGAGACAUCCGAGCUACGGAGGAACAAACCGCUUCGGCUAAAGCCGCCGUAGAGAAAUCUCUAAACCCUAAUAAACCCAAAAUCCAACCACAACAGAGCCAAGAAAUCACUCAAGGCGUCCUCGAAUCUGGAUCUUCUUCCUCAUCAACAACGAGCGGUGGUGAUUUGGCUGCAGCUCCCUUGGAUCCACCGAAAUCGACGGCUACGAGAUGCUUGAGCUGUAACAAGAAAGUGGGCGUGACGGGUUUCAAGUGUAAGUGUGGGAGCACUUUCUGUGGAACUCAUAGAUAUCCAGAGACUCAUGAGUGCGAGUUCGAUUUCAAAGGAGUCGCGAGAGAAGCCAUUGCUAAGGCUAAUCCUGUGGUGAAGGCUGAUAAGGUUGAGAGGAUAUGAAUUGGUGAAGAAACUGGUGUGUUCUCUUUGUUUUUUUUUAUAUUAAAGUCUCGUGAUGUUGGUGGUUUGGCUCUUUUUUCUGCUCUUAUUAUGGUUUGAUUUGCUUUUAGGGUUUCUUAGGAAAGGUUUUCGAUUCUGCUAUUAUGUGGUUUCAUGAUUUGCAACAUUGGAUUUGUUGUUCUGUAAUAAAUUGUUGGUCAUAUCAUAAAAUUGUGUUCUCAUUGGGACCAGCU